CACGGCGGCGCGAACCUGAACAAAGAAACUGAAAGUGAUAAAGCUUUUGUGAACGUGACACUGAAGGCACAAGACACUCAAAGAUUUAAUCACUAAACUGGAAAAGGAUGGAGAUGGAAGGGUGUGCUUUGAGGAGUUGCAGUUUGGCUUGUUUAGCCACAUGACCACCUUUUUCCAAGUGUCAGAGGAGAGUGCACAGGGAAGCAGUCUGUCAUUCCAGGAAAGCUGUGUGGGCCCACAUCUCUUCUCUGGCAUCAGCAACGGCACUAGAUUCGCCAAGCCUGGACUUGUCAUUGCCAUCUGAGUCCUGAAAGAACUUAGAGGAGAUCCUCAAGGUCCAUGGUGCUGCCUUGACUGGUGGUGGCAGGUGAAGUGAGCAGCAAGGCCUUUCACAAGCAGCCACCUGGGGUGGACGAGGCGCUUGCAGUCAGAGGCUGAGUAGCAGCAUGGAAGAGUGGGUGAGCCAGGCAGAGCUGCCUGCAGUUUUCGACAACACACUCAUGGUCCCCAGGAGAGGGCUUUGGCAUGCAGCUGUCACGUCCUAUGGAUACAAACUGCAAUGCCUCAGGAUCCAGGUGAGGCAGAUUGCCAGGGAGAGGGACAACGCAAGGCUGGACUUGGAGGAAGUGGAGAGACGCUGCCUGCAGCUUGGCAGGGAGUUGGACAAGCAGUACGUCGCUCUUGACCACACCCAGAGCAAGCUCAGGGAUUUUCAGGCAGAUACAGAGGCAAAAGAGCUGCUUUUGCAGCAAGCAGUCAGUCAGCAAGCAAAGCUGGAGGCCGAGGCACAGUUCCUCCAGGGCAAAGAGGCCAGCCUGCAAGGGAGACUGAACCACACAAUGAAGGAGAACACACAGCUGCAAAACAAGGUCACAGAGAUGGCUGAGAAACUGGUGGCCUCUGAGAAGCUGGUGUUCGAGCUGCAGAAAGAACUCAACCGUGUUGUGAAGGACAAGCUUGGCCAGAUGGAGCCCCACAGCCCAGAGCUCCUGAACCAGAGUGAGCGCUUUGCAGAUAUUAUCCUGGAGUAUGAGCAGCAGUGCCAGGUACAGAGAGUCAAGGUGCUGUGGGACCAGAAUGGAGUGCUGCGAAGGGAGCUGGAAAGGCUGCGUUUACAGCUAUGGGAGAGCAGGGCUGAGAGAGGGCUGCCAGCAGGAGGCCUGUCCUCACAGGGCUUUUCUCUGCCAGUGCGCCACUAUUCCAGCCCUCUGGUUCCCCCUUCUGUGUGCACAGAGACAUCACUCUCAGUGGAGCAGCUCGAAGAGCAGCUGCGGGACCCAAAGGUGCAGCUGGGAACCAAGAUAGACUAUUACAAGGAAGAAAUCGAGUUAAUGAGGAAAAACUUUGAGAGAAUGAAGAAAGACAAUGAGGAAAGCUUCAAGGCUGAGAUGCACAAGAUGGAAGACCAAAAAAGAGACCUGGAAAAAACAGUUGCAAAGGACUGGCCUGUAAUUGAUAGCCUGAAAGAGCAAAAAUGUGUGUGGAGCCUGGAGCUGGAGGAGAGGUUUGAGAUAGAGCAGGCCAGGGUGGGACAACAGCACACUGAAGACAUUUACCAUCCAGGGCAGCAGCUGGACCAGGUGCAAGAAGAGCUGAGGAUGCAGCACAGGGAUGGAGAGAGUCUGAGGAAACACAUGAGCAAGUUGGGCAGAGAGAAGGUGGAGGAGCUGGCUGAAAUAACAGAGUUAACAGUAUCGAAUGAGAAGAACAAGGUGGAGGUCUCCCACCCGAAUGUCAGGAUGCCUCAGCUGGGCCCUGAACUCACUGAGCACAAGACUGGUCACAGUGCUGGCCCUGACCCUGUCCAGCUGCAGAGCCAGAGGCUGGCAGAGGCUGAGUGGCUACAAGGAACAGAGACGGCCAUGAGGCUGGAGCACCACCAGCAUCAUGCAUGUUGGAUGGAGACAGAGCUUCUCCGACAGCAGCUCAAGGCCUUGCAAGAGAAGCUCUUAGAAGCCAAAGCAAGCCUGAGCCUGGCCCAGUCUCGGCACGCUCUGCAGUUGCAGCAGGCCAAGGCCCAGAUGAACAAGAUGGUGUCAAAGAAACUCUUUGAACAGCUGCAAACCAGCUUGAGAGAGGAACAGUGCAAGGCUCAGCAGCUCCAGGAAAGCCUCCACCGGCAGGCUGAGCAGAUGUGCAGGCAGCUGGUCAGGACCCAGGUAAGCAGGUAAUUGCAGAAACACAGUCAACUGCUGCAGGCAGCUGUGGAGCAGGCAGAGGGGCUGGAGCAUAGUCUGAGGAGUGCUAAAGCUGUGCUGGCGGAGAGGGCAGCUCAGCUCAAAGACAUCCAGGCCCAACUCUCCAGGAAUAAACUUCUGAUCAAAGACCUCCGUGAGGAGAACAGGAGGUUUGCAAUGGCCCUGCAGGCAGCUGAGCUGAAGCAGAAGUGCACUGAGGAAAAGAACAAGCUGUUGGAGGAGCAAGCCUCAGCUCUGAAGCAGCUCAUCAGAAAAAUCACACCAGCAUCUUUGACUCCUUCUAGGCUCUAGGAGGCUGGCUCUGCUAAAGCCUAAGACUAGGUUCCAAACCAAACUUGCCAGAUUGUUGCCUCUUCAAUGAGCAGGACAGAGGGGCUGAGGGAAGAGCCAGCUUUCAGUUCAAGCCUCCAAAGGCUUGGAGCAGGCUUGGUGAUCCCCGCUCAGCACUGCACUUCUUUAAAGGAGACCAGGAGACAUGAAUGGUGGUACCAUCAUCAAUCUCAAAUUCUCCAUAGUCUCUUAAACACCGCACCUGUAAAGUGGAAUGCAGCUCUCAGAUCAUCAGACCAUCAAAAAACACCACACAUCACUGCUGACCUGCAACAUGUGCCCCAGAACUCUUAAGUGUGGACACAUUCCUACCUGCCUGCUGCAGCUGCAGUAGAGCAGACCUGAAAAUGCCAAAGUGGACUGAUCCCAUGGUCUGUGGACUACCUGACAUACUCUUCCUGUCUCUGCCUGGAGCAAGAAGCACCAGUGAGCAGCACAGCCCAGCCCUCCACAGAGACUAGAGGGUAGCAUAAAAAGACAGGCCCUGGGGACCAGCAGCAGCAUCAUUUUAAGAACAUCUCCACACACACACACACCAGAAAAUGCCAAUCUGUUAACACUGAAAAUGUCCUAAGGAGCAGGUUGAUUGUCACUAGAUGUUCUUUCGAGGAGAACAUCAGAAGAGAGCACUUCAGCUACCGACUCCAGUUUCUCACAUGCUCUUGCUUUAUCAGUUGUGUAAAACAAUUUACAGUCUCAUCUAUCAGGCCCAUUUAAAAUAACAGUAAAGAAAACUAGUCAACAAUCCUUAACAUGAGAACAAGUUCUCUAGUUAAUCUGAGAGUUGGUUAAGUUUCUGCAAAAUGCUGCAAAAAUUUCUCACUGUGAUUUAGACCACUCACCCCAUCACACCUAUUCCCUGUGGACUAGAAAUGUCAUUUUUCAACAUACUUUGAGCCCUCAGUAUAAGAGGGCGUAGAACACUGGCAGGCAGAGCGUAGAGUAAAAUGUAGAAGCUUUAGUGCUCUCAGAAGGUUUGCUCAAUGACUUUCUGAUUUGGGAUGGGGGUGAAAUUAUCUAAAAAAAGAUGGUUGGGCAAAACAUUUGUUCACAAACAGAAACCACCAAUCUUGC